UUUGUUGAGCAGCUUGCUGCCAAAUCGUACGGAUCGAAAUGUAUUUUUUAGAAAACUAUCAAAAUUGUAUGAGCGCAACACGUGACGUGAGAAUAUAAACAAAUUUUACAAUAGAUUCCACGGAUAUGGUCUCACCGCCCUCAAUUGUGGCAGCGACGCUGCUGCAGAUGUGUGGCAUAUCGCUGUUCAUACGCCAGUCGCAGGAGCAAUGCCAGCCAGCCCCCCAAUCCUCGGUGGCCAAGUGCCUGUUCGGCCUGAGCCUGCUGCUGCUGCUGUGGAGAUGCGAAAUGCUGCCCAAGCGCUAUACGAACCACUAUCCGCGCAUCCACAUCUGUGUGGAGCUGCUGGGCACCGUAUUCAUCUCAGAGCUGGCCAUAUUGAUUGGCUGGUGCAGCUACGAGCGACUCGUCCAUCAGCUCUCCCAUCUGAUCUGUCCGAAUUGCCGCUGGUGUGGCCAUUUCACGCUCGGCAUGCUGACGCUGUUGCCAUCGGCCCUGCUCCUAUUUACAUUGGCGCCCGCGCAAUGGCGCGAAUUUGUGGUUCAGCUAUUAUGGCAGCUGCCACGCCCCGAAGCCGAUGAUUACCUGCUGGCGUUCGCCCGCGAGCUGUCCAACUAUGUGCGCGGCAGGGCGGGCCUCCUUCAAUUGAAGCGCGAGGAUCGACUGCGUGCCAUGCGGUUAUUUCGCCUGCCAAUCGAGCGCACAACAGCGCGCCAUGACGAGCCCCAGCUGUAGAUAUUAUUAUUACGAUGCAUAUGCAAAAUGGAAACGCAAUCAACGCAGUCACUGUCGCAGUCGCAGUCGUAGUCGGAGCUGGAGCUGGAGUUGGAGUCGAAGUUGGAGUCACCGUCGCAUUUGGAAUCGGAAUCGGAAUCAGAAACAGAGUUGCUGUCGCACUUGGAAUUGGAGUCAGAGUCGGAGUUGGGGUCGUAGUUGGAGUCGAAGUUACAGUCGCAUACGGAAUCAGUAUCGGAAUCGUAAAUUGUUUAUUAUGCACACAAAUUUAUGCCAACAUCUGUUGUUGUUAUCCUGGCCUCUCACA